UUUGUGAAUUGUGGUUCGUCGGCCGUCGUGAUGUCUAAUUGAAACAUUUUAAAAGGAAACUAAGAUGUUUAAUUUUGUUUUUGUUUUAUUUUUCUUUAAAAAAGGCUACGAAAGUUUUUUAAAAGAGCAAUAAAAAUUCGUAAUUCUGGUUGGCGUUAAAAGAAAGAAGCGUGGUUAUGCGCGGAGCAUGCCGUCGACGUCUCGGUCGCGGGGCUCUGGGCGCGGGGCUGAUGGCGCGCCGAAGCCCCAAGUCAUAGCCCCCAUGUCGGAGCGGCAGCAGUUGGCACUGGUGAUGCAAAUAUCAUCCCAGGAUGCCCCUCCAGCCGCUCCGACUCCGGCCGAGGAACGGAAGCAUACUCGACAGCAACGAAAUGAACGCGGAGAAACACCAUUACAUGUAGCAGCUAUAAGAGGAGACCAUGAGCAAGUCAAGAAGCUUCUUGAUCAGGGUCAAAACCCAGACAUUCCAGAUUUUGCCGGCUGGACAGCGCUCCACGAAGCCUGUAGCUACGGUUGGUUUGAAGUGGUGACUGUGCUGGUAGAGGGCGGUGCUAAUGUGAACGCCAAGGGCCUAGAUGACGACACACCACUCCAUGAUGCCACCACCUCCGGGAAUCUUAAGAUGGUCGAACUGCUCAUAGAACGUGGGGCUGAUCCGUUCGCAAAGAACGCAAAAGGAAAAACACCCUCAGAUUAUGCUACACCACACAUCUUUGAAUACCUCCAGUCUUUGAAAGAUAACGCGAGAACUGCAAAUACAAGUCGUGCAAGGGAUGACAGCAACAAGAAGGGCAAUGCAAGUGCAAACAGCGAAUCACACAAGCGAAGUAACAUGGAGGGCCUAGCGCAGGGCGAACAUUUGGAGGGCAAGGAAACCUCCACUCAAGAGAAAGGCAAUGUUGAAAGUAGAGAUGAUGGAACAUCACAGCUGAGUAGUGGUGUUGUAUCCUCUACUCAGGAUGAAGUCAAUCCUGGCAACAAGAGGUUGUAUACAGAAGACGGUCAAGAGGCAGAUGUGACAGAGGAAGAUGUUUCAAAACGGAAGAAGAGAAAAGACAAUGAAGAAAAGGAACCCAUGGCCAAACCAGCACCUGUGGCUCGAGGUGGUGCCGGCCGAAUCCUAACUGGUAGCAAACCUCCGGGGCCGGCAAGUAAGACGGGCGCACAGCCGUUGGGCAAAGGAGCACAGAACACAAAGGGCGCGGGUUCUUCUUCUGGAAAAGGUGCGCAGGCGCAGGGGAAGGGGGGCGGCGCCAAUGCCAAAGCUAACGCGCAGGGAUCUCAUCAGGGUAAAUCAGGAGGUGCAAAGGGAGCAUCAGGGUCACAAGCUGGCAAACAAGAUCGGAAGAGUCCAGUCGCAAGCCCGAAGCCAAAUCAGGGUAAGGAUGACGACGAGGACUCCAAAAGCCAGGAAUCGUCUGCACCGAAAGUGCCACCCCUGAAGAUAGUAAUACCAGGAGGGGCGGGUGGUUCCGGAAGUCGUAAUGAACAGGAAGGCGAUGCACCCCAAAGAAGGGCAAGUGGCAGUACAGGUCAGCGUGGUGGAGGCAAGGGUCGUGGUAGCCUGUCAACGCUGCCAUAUGUCAUCCCAUGCACCAGCGCUGACACUGGACAGACAUCAGACAGCUCUGACAACUGUGAAGACAAGCGAACUGGGGAAGCCAAGGCCGGGCAAAGGGUUCUCCGCUCCCACAGAACGAAUGACGGUGAUAAAGAUAAAGGGAUGACCUCUCCGCUAAGAGGGUCGGAGAAUCGCUCAGGCUCAGGGCAGAAUCAGGCUUUGAAUUCCAACAAAAGUCCACCACCCUCUGGGCAGGACGCUGACCACGCUACAUCUACUUCGUCGGGUCCUGGUGGAAGAUCAGAGUCAGCUGCUGGUCCGUCUGUGGAGUUGCAUCCUCGUAAGCGGAAAAUAAAAGCAUCGAAAGAUAAUCAUUCAAGAGACAGCAAGAACGAGCAAGUCCCAGAUAGCACCACGCUUACUCACAACGUCACACAUUCCAACCCCUAUCAAAUGUAUAUUCAUAUAAGGAAACAGAUCGAGAGACGUCAGAAGGCUCUGUUUCCAGUGAAACCAAAGCCGCCUAAAGACUUCAACAAGUACCUGAUGAACCGUUGCACUUACACUCUACAGAGUACUGUUAACCCAGAGCCUCAAGUUGAAAUACCACCCAACCUACCAUCACAAAUGGUGAACGAGUUUUUGGCUCAAGAAAAGGAAAGGACAAGAUUACGUAUCCAACACCUUGUUGAGAAAGAGAAGCUUGUUUUGGCCGUCGAGCAGGAAAUAUUGAGAGUACACGGGCGCGCCGAACGCGCUGUGGCUAACCAGGCUCUCCCCUUUUCCGUGUGCACUAUACUGCGUGAUAAAGAGGUUUACAACGUGCUAGCACCGGAACAAGAGGAGAAACGCAACGCGCAGCGAUCCCGUUGUAACGGACGUCAAAUCAACUCGUGGCUCCAGGAAGUCGAUGAUAAAUGGGAGAAGAUCAAGGAAGGUAUGCUUCGCCGUCAGCAUACGGAAGCUGAGACCUUACACGCAGUACAGACCAUGGGAUGGGAAUGGAAAUUAAAAGAACACGGUCUGUGCGACUACAAGUCCACGCCGAAGAUAGAUCCGACACACGUACCACAGAUACACGUGUCGAAUUUUGACUUGCCCGCUUGAAUUUUAUGUUCAUAUUGCCUGUGUUCAUGUAAGGCUGGCACUAAACUUGUGCUGGCAUAAAUUUAUUUAUCAUUAUUAAGAUCUUUACACUUUUUAACAUCGAUUGGUAAUACGACUCAAGCGGAGCUACAAAAUUGGAUUAUAAUAACAUUUCAAAAUUUUCAUCGACUUUCGUCGACCCUUUCUGGGACUCCUGCUCUCCACGCGCCGUUAACGGAUGAUACUUGACGCGGAAAUUAAUUAUUACCAACUAUUUAAUGCUUUAUAUAUAUAUAAAGUGUUAGCAUGUAAAGAAAUCAUCCUUUAUCGGAGUGUGGUGUAUUAUAUUAUAGUUUUGAAGUCUUAUACCAGGCUCUCUUGACCUGAGAAUCAUCUUCUGUAUAUAUAUCACGAUCUAAUACGUUUAUUUUUAAUGUGAUUGAAUGAUUUUUUUUUAAAUGCCGUUAGUUAGGUUCUAUAAUAAGGUUUAAUUCAUUGCGAUUUACCUUUUUUAUUCUAUUUGACCUGUUAUUUUAUGAUGAAUGUUAUAUAGUAAUUUUAUCGUAAUAUUUUUUUUUUUAAAUAAUGUUCUCAAUAUAUUCUGCUUUUUUUCGUUGUAUUUCUAUUUAUGAAUCAUAUAACGAAUAUAUAUAUAUAUAUAUAAUUGGAUAUACAUAAUUAUGUCAAUGUAAAUUUAAUAUGCAUAUUGUGUUUUUGGUGCGACACUUAUUUUAAAGAUGGUUCAGAAAUCAGUAAAAUUUAUAAAAUUUAUUUUAGAUUAUAUUAAAAUUUAGGCUAAGGUAAAAAUUUUAUAAUAUCGUCGUAAUUUGUUUGUCUAUUUCAGAACAAAUAUUCCUGAUGCGUUUUAAGUAUUCUGUGAAUUGUUUUGACUCAUUGUGAUUUAUCGUAUAAAAUAUUAAUUUCAUAGUCCUCGCUGAGUAUUAUUAAAGACUCAAAUACUUUAA